AUGGAACUAAACCGGAACCUUGGCAGAGUCCUCCGUCCAGGCUCAGCCACAGUCCGGGUGACUGAUUUGAGGUGGCAAGGUCUCCUGAAUCCUAGCCCAUUGGUUAAAGAUGAUGGAGAGCUACUUAUGGAUGAAUACCUUUCCCCCAGUAAACUGAAAGUGCUGACAGGGGUAGAUGAUCUGCAGCAAGUGAAGGCCCUAGAGAUGCGUGUGGACACGAGAGAGAACAGCUUGGGAAACUUUGGUGCUUAUCUCCCUAAUCUAAGACAACUGAAAUUGAACAACAGUUUACUUGUAUCUGUGAGGGACCUUGGAAGCACAUUGUCUCAUCUCCAAGUAUUGUGGAUGGCUCGCUGUGGGCUCACAGAUUUAGAUGGAAUCUCUUCCUGUAGCUCUUUGAAGGAACUCUAUAUAGCCUAUAACAAUAUUUCUGACCUGAGCCAAGUGAGCUUGCUGGAUCAUCUUGAGAUUCUGGACCUGGAAGGAAACAAUAUUGAGGACAUCAACCAGAUUCAGUACCUGGGACUCUGUGGCAAACUGAACAGUCUCACAGUGGAGGGGAAUCUUAUUUGCCUGAAGCCAAACCCAGAGUCUUCAGAGGUGCCAGGUUAUAACUACAGAGCUGAAGUGAAAAAACUCAUCCCUCACUUAAAGUAUUUGGAUGAAAUACUAGCAAAUCAAAUCACCAUCCCUCCCUCCAGGAAGAUGAACAAGGACUGGCUAAUUGUCAAGGAGUCCAUUAAGGAGGGCAGUUUAGCCAAAGACAUUUCUCGGUUUGAUGCUCAUCCAGAGGCAACAACCAGACCUGGCUCUGGUCUGAGACCUACUACAGCUCGCUUCAUGUCAGCUUCCAGACCCGGGACUGCACAGAGGCCUGCUGGUGCAGGGAGAUCUAGCAAUGUCCAUUUGCUAUCCUGUGGUAGCACCCUUCCAGACUCCACUGUCUCUGAUGAGAUAUUCCUAGAAGAUGACUCCAGUGACUUGACACAUGGAAUCAGCCGAGUUAUAUGUGGGAACCCUAUCAAAGCCCUUCAUGCACGGAGACAAAAGCUAGGUUCUGUAGCAAUGAACCCUUUCCAAAUGCCUGGUUCCAAGAUGGAGCACACCUAUGACUCUGAAGAAGCUGAAGAUCUAAGCCGGGAAGAUGUCUUUACUGAACUGAGGGCAUGGAGAGAGCAUCAUAACCAGUGUCUGCAAAUCAUUCAGAUGGAGAAGGCCCCCCAGGUGCUGAAGAUACACAGUGAUGAGGAGGAAGAUGAAGAAUGCAGCCUGAGUGACAGCUGUGAGGAUGAGCUAAGAGAUACUUAUGACGAGGACCUAACUGAAAGGAUUUCACCAGAUUCCUCCUGCCAGUCCCGUCUUUCCCAGUCCUCCUCAGAUUCAUCACAUGCCCAAGAAAGUGUGUUGCCCGCUAGUCUGAAUCGUUCUCUGGUACCUUCUCCUCCAAAGUCCCCUUCACCUGCAUCCAUGCAGGGCGUUGCAGCUAGACCCUCAAAAGUGAGAGACAUCAGGGGCAGACGUCUGAAAGUGCCCAACCAGAAAGAAGCAGCUCAACUGAGGGAAUAUCCCCAAUCAAGAGUUAGCACAGAAAUCGCAGCCCAGCUUGUGGGUGAAGAGAUUGCUAUUCUGACUCUGCACAGCACACCUGCUGCAUGUGAGGCAUUGCCACUGAGAGCUGAAGGGAGGUAUUGGACCAGCGAGAGUGUUGGCCGGCAAACCAGGAGGCCUAUUUCAGGACCAGCAGCUGUUGGAUCAACAAGUGUCAGAGCCACUGUGGAUAGGAGUCCCCCCAAAGUGAUCAACCAUCACCAGCCAGUUGUCCGCUCAUCCACAAAAACCCCAGAGAGGUUUGCGCUGAGGAAUGUGGUCCAUCCUCUGACUGCCAAGGCUGCCCUGCAGAGGUUGCCAAGCAGGCCCAGUGUCUCAACAGCUACUCAGAGCAAGACGCCAAAGUCAUAG